AUGUCAUAUAUUUCCAGUAGAGAAAUCACAGAGGAUGGUGUUUCGUUUUUAUUUUGUGAGUCUGAAGGAGCAGAAGGUGUGUGGAAAGAAGUAGAAGAAAUGUUAAAAUCAUACCCUGAAUUGGUCGAAUCGUAUAAAAGGUUGAAUAAACGAAUAAAAGGUUUUUCUGCAGAAAAAUUAAAAAGCCCAAAAGCAAUGCCUAAUACUUAUAUUUCAUUUAUUGACAUCUGUCUUGACGAAAAUCAUAAUAAUGCAGCACUUGACCUUUUGGAGUCGUUUCAAAAUGAAAAUUAUUAUCCUCCAAAAGAUCAUAUAAGGAAAAUGAUGGAUUUUAUUGCUGAUUUAACUCUUGAUAAAAACAUUUGUUCUAAAUCUUAUAAAGUCUUACAACAUACUCUACAUGCAACUGGAUCAAUUGCAUUUGAAGAUAUGUGGAGUUUCGAAGAAAAUAAUUUAGAUGAUAUUUGGCCGAUAGGUUAUGAUAAUUUUUGGAUGUUUAUUAAAUCUAGAUUUAAUUCAGCAAUGAAUACUAAAGAUGAUCAGUCUGAGCGAAUGUUAUUAUUUCUUGAACAAGUCGUAAAUAUAUUUGAGAUUGACAUGCAAAUUAAACAAGAAAACUUUUCCUCUUCUAUACUUUUACGAUUAAUUCCAAAAAGUGUUGGUAAACUACGUGGUAACCCUAAAGUUAUUAUCGAUUCUUUACUAACUCCAUUUUAUUCUGAAGAAAUAUCAAUGGAGACGGUUCGCCUCUCACAAAGAUUAUUUGAUCAGAUUAUUAUUCUUUCAUAUGCAGGUUAUAUUUGUAAUGAUUCAUUGACAAAUGAAGUUUAUUUACAAAUUAAUAAACUUGAUUCAUCCAUGAUGACUCUAUUUUUACAAACUUUAUUUUCCAAUACAUUUAGAUGUCAACUUCUCAACAUAGCGCUUCUCGAUAGUGAUUUUAAUGAAUUAAAGAGAAAACCCGGUAUGAAAAAACUAAUUAGUUCACCAUUAAGCUUAGAAAAAAUAGCAAAACUAUAUUUUUAUAGCAUGCCGUAUUGCUUGACUGAACCAGACGCAAUAUGGCGGCACAUGUUUUUCUUAAAUUCAAUCUUGCAAAGUUAUAUAAGUACAAAGACAUUAAUUCAAGGAAAGAUAGUUUAUCAUGGAUUGGAAGAAGAAGAAGUAGAUGUGAUUACUGAUGAUUUAAUUAUUACAAGAGUUAAGGAAUUGAAAAAAUGGAUAAAGAAAAAAAAAAUGGAAAAAGAUCUUAAAACCCGGUCAGAAUUGCUCUUAGAUAUGAUUGAUACUGAU